AUGCGCUUGAGACGCGCCCUCGUCCCCUCAACAGCGCACGUUGCCCUUCCCGCCCUCGUCUGUAUUCCGCCAUUGCCAGGCCCGAGCGCUUCAUCGAAUUCGAUCUCGAUCUCGUUCCAAUCAUCAUCCAUGCCUUCGAAGCGCGCAGGUCCCCGUGCACGUGCCACGGUCGAAAAGAGCCCACCCCAAAAAUCGCGCCGAUCCAAGAGGCUCCAGAAAAAUCAAGAGCCCCGGACGGCACAGACCGCCCUCAACGGUGCCUCGGGCGCUGCUCCGAAGGAUGAGGCCGAAGCAGCACCCUCCGUCCGGGCUUCAACGAACAUCGAACUGCUCGUUGCCGCCGCCACCGCCCAUUUUGCCAACCGACGCCGCACCGCGGCCGAGUUUCUCCCCGUGGAGCACGAGGUCGCUCGCACCCUCGUCGAGACCCUGCACAUUCCAUUCCACCUCCCGCCUCUCGUCUUCCACGCGGCCCACGCGGGCAUGGGGUCCUCAGCUACGUCCGCAGGCACCCUCGCAGACACUCAGCGCGCGCAAACACCCAGUGGAGUCCGACCAGCCACCCCGUCCGAUGCCCCGCGUCCCCCAUCUCGCUCAUCAUCCCCUUCGCUCGACGAGCCCUCCACACCGCGCUCGCCUUCGCCCCAGACGGUCUUCCAUGCGCUUCCCACAACGCGCUUUGGGGAGUCUUCCGCUCCGGCACUCAAGAGGAAACGAGACUCGGAGGCGGACGAGGUCGGGCCAUCUUCGCCGCGCAAGACACGUCUGUUGGAGCUUCCGCUAUCGGAGGGUUAUUGCCGCGUCGACUGUGCAGGCGAGAUGGCCGUUUGGGACGAAAGGCGGGGCGAGAGGCUAGUAGCAGUUCUUACUUACAUGUACAGUUGGACCGUGUUUGAUAUUACCUUGGCUUGGUGGACGACCGUCGACAACCACACCCAGAUGGCGAACAAGAAGAACCUCAACCGCCGCCGUGGCAAAGCGACUUGCACUCCCUCGACGUCCAUGGGCCAGCCGUGGACGGCCGGCGAACAGCAGGAGGUGCUCGCAGAGGCCAUGCCCAUCUACAAGCGGCUCGUGGGCCUCCAGGAGUCUACCGCCAGCUUGAACGCGCCUCCGCGACAGCCCGCGGUCCCGGGACCUGCUGACGGCAAACCGCUCCCGUCGGACCCGCUCGGGCUGCUGACCGCCGUCGCGAUGAUGCUCGAUGGUCCCCCUCAAGCCGGGAGCGUCCAGCCUGGCGGGCGGACGGCGACCAAGCGGAAGCGGGCGGCGGAGGAGGGCGAGGGGCAGGUGGGGCCUCCGGCGAAGCGGCGGACCACGACGCGGGUCGGGAGCAUCAAGCCGCCUGGGCAUUACAGGCGGGCCAACAUUGGGGGGUCCUAG